GGUACACAUUCAUGCCAAGUUAUUUGAAAAUCCAUCCAUCGAUGACAAAGAUAUAGACCGGACACGAAAAUUGCAGACAGACCGACAGACUGACAGACCGACAGACUGACAGACCGACAGACCGACAGACGGUUCAAAAACUAUAUGCCUCCCUUCGGGGGCAUAAAAGUGCGAUUCGUAAAUUUAGUGUUGAUCACACAUGGUUCGAUGUGUAUGACAUUACUUGCGAGGGUAUUGAACUACCUAAAAACUUGAUUACGGACACGGAGGAAAAUUUUGAAAAAAUAGCAAAGGUUAAAGUUUCAAGUUCGAUGUCUUCGGAGGAAGUAUUUGAUGCUGAUCCAUAUGAUAGUAUUAAAACUCUCACGGAUUUUGAUUCAAACUUGAAGUAUGUUACAAUUAACUUAAAAUUUCCGGAUGAUGCAAGUGAAGAAAGUCCUCCACAAGUGAAAGAUGCUUUCCAUGUUCUUAUGGCAACACAGGGCUCAGCAGGGAGAAUAAAGCCACGCAAAAUUCCAUUAGAUAAACCACGAUUUACAGGUAUUACAUGAAAUAAUAUAUUGAUAUAAGUAAUUUGAAAUAAUCACUCUGACAGUUUAAUGAGCAAAUGGGGUGUCCCGCUCGAUGUCAUCAAUACACUCCUCCCUACUAAGUAUACAUUCGUUCUUCCAUUGAACUUUGACUUUUUUGGUGUUUUGAUUGUUAAUACAUACAAAAUCCAGAUUUUUUCCUGGGAGUGUCUACCAUGUUGAAGAGAGUCUUCAAUUUUCCAGGUGUAGAGGCAGGGGUGGGGUGUCAGACCUUUUUUUAAGAAAAUAUUUUGUAUUUAAAUUUUAAAUAACCUGUUGGUCUAGGCUGCUAGUGUCAAAGCAUGAUCAGUGUCAGAUCAUACUAUGAUUUCUCUAUAUUAAAUGAUCACAUUCUAUAAAAGUAUAAUGUCAGAUUUGAAAUAUUUUAGAUUGUUUUUUUAAUUUUCUUUUUUCAGCCAAGGAUAGGUUGUACAAUGACUUAGUGGAUGAUACACCAGAAGUUACAUUUCCUGGGUCGCUUCGAUUAGAAGAUGUAAGUCGUCAGAUGUAUAUCAUAGUGAACACCAUAUGGUACAUCGAUGGAAGCCAGGACAAAAUAAACGCGAAGUCAGAUGCUGACCACAAAAUCCCAACCAGGUUUGCUAAAUACACCGGAUACAAUGAUUUCAAAAAGAAACGUAAAGCAACUCCACAGUUGUCAUCUCACGAGCUUAAACAACAUGCUGAUCUUGUAUUUCGGUUAUCCUCGUCAACGUACGCCCUAUCCUGGGCAGCUUUUAAAGAAGACCUGAAUGGGUUAUCUGUGUGCUUACAUCAGUACGCAUCCUAUCUAGAUCAGAAUAACACAAAACAAAAAUUCAGACAGUCUUUACUUCAUCCGGCAAGACAAGUUGGAGAUCAUGCCGUUGUUCAACCAUAUCCAAAGUGUCUUGGUCCUGUAAAACUAUGUUAUAGUAUGUUAGAUCAAGUUCUGUCAGAAUCUGAAGAGUAUGCACCAGUGCUAUUUGAUGAAUAUCUCCAUACACAUGAAACUUUUACUAGUAUGAGUCGAAUAAGAUACAUUGAAGGGCUGUCCCUCACCCAUCCUGUGGACGUCCUGUCUUAUGAUCCUGGGGCAGGUCUAGGAAAGGUUGUGUUUUUAUGGUGCGUUCCAGAAAACAGGUCACCUGUUGAAAUGAUGUCUUCGGCUGCACGUAUACAUAAGACUUUGGAGACCAAGUUACCACAAUACCAUACAAGGCAAAUGCGAAAAGAAUUUGUGAAAACUUACACAGGUAUGACUGAUAUACCACCACAUGUCAUGAGGGCCAUAUAUUCCGAUUUAACAUUAGAUGCCACUGCAUGUCAGAAUCCAGCUAUUGAGGCUCGGCUGCGACAUGCUGUACUGACUGAUGACCCAGAUGUAGCCAUUGAUCUUCGUUCAUUAAACCCUGGCAGACCAAAUGAUACUUUCAAUGUGUUUUUUGAUCAGCUGGAAAAAGAAGUGUCAUUCUUAACUGCCACAGAUGAACGCCGUCAUGGUAAUGUUGAACAUUUCAGUAAAUACAUCUCAGUUAGGGAUUUAAUAGACCAAACUUCCAAAAAAUGCCCCGAGGAAACCAACAUUCCAAGUGAAAGUACGGUUCUAUUUGCAUUCGUGCCCAAAAAUGCUUAUGUUAACACUGCUAAACUUUUCAAGGGGCGAAUAAACUUACAACACAAGGUGCAAACCAGGCAACUUAGGCAAAACCAUUGUGAUGAGCAUUACUGUGCUGCAAUUUUUGCAUAUGUUAAGAGAUAUGCUGUGAAAUUCAGAGACCAGUCAACUCUUGUUUGCAUGGAUGACAAAUCCAAAGUGGACUUUGGAGAGCCAGGGAUGGCUGUUCAAACAGGGGUGCAUGGGAAGAAGUCAUUGGUCCCUGUGUCUUCUGUUUUAGGUGCCUUAGACCAUGAUGUUUCUACCAAGGGCUCAUUGACACCGUCUGUGUGCAUAGAAGUUGAUAUCCCUGAAAAGCCAGAAGAUAGUUUCUACAGGGGACAAGUGUAUGUGACAUUGAAGGACUCUGUCUUCCUACCAUCAAGUCCGUUCCGACAUGCCAUUGAAUUAAAGGAACUGCUGAUGAAAGAUACCAGACUACAGGCAAAGCCGUACCUGCUUUUGUAUACAGAUGGUGGUCCGGACCAUCGGACUACAUAUGCAGCUGUAAAACUGUCAUUGAUUGUACUGUUUAAACUCUUGGACCUUGAUAUACUCAUAGCAGCAAGAACAGCACCUGGGCACUCGUGGGCGAAUCCAGCUGAACGAAUAAUGAGCUUGCUAAACUUAGCUUAUCAAAAUGUGGCAUUAUAUCGCUCAGAAAUGAGCAGUAACUAUGAACAAAUGCUAAAAGCAUGUGGGUCUAUGAAGGAAAUUAGAAAAAAGGCAGAAAAAGAAGCAGGUCUAGAAGUGGCAUGGUUAGAGUCUGUUGAACAGAUUGUGACUUUACUAAACGAACGAACUGAACGUGUGCAGUUGAAAGGCAAAUCCUUCAAGACUGGUACUCCUGCAUCAAAACAAGACGUUGCUGAGUUUGAGUCCAAGGUUAAAGAGCUAGUUGCGCCAGGAAUUACAUUGGGGAAGUACACACAGAAUGACAUGAAAAAGGUUCAUGGCUACAAGGAGUUCAUGGAACAACAUUGUCGAGAGGGCCACUAUGUUUUCCAGGAUCUUCAAAUCACUUUAAAGAUUAUUGGUGACAGGGUGAAGAAAUGUGAUUCACAGACAUGCUGCACACCAGUACGUAAUUCUUCCAGAGAAAUUCCACCAUUUCUCCCUGACCCAGAAAUUGACCCAGAAAAUCAAGACCAUUAUAAAUCAUUUGAGGAUGUGCUGGGCACCAGUACCUCUGAGCGUGACAGGCCAUCUUGGCAAACUGAAUCAGUUGCUAAAGUUGCUGAACAACAGCAGGGUUGUCCAAAUCGAGCACUAGUUGCCCAAAAUGUUAGAAGUACUGUCAAUUGCUACGAGUGCAGAAAACCACGAUGCAUAUAUGCUAAAAAGGCCCUGACAGUUCGGGAAGAAAGAGGUUUGAAGCGGAUGCUGGAGAGGUACCACUACACAUGUGGAUCAUCCAUAACUCCUGAUGGGGACAGUCUACAAGGUAUCGUGUUUGUACGUCUACAGUUGUGCUGUAGCAGUCCAGUAGAGCUGCCCUACUAUUCUGCUGCAUCUCAAGUUGUUGGUCGGAAGGACAUCUGUUGUUAUUGCACUGAAGACGGCGUGAAAGAUGAGGAAUCCCUAAAGACAUAUAGAGUGUUGUUACCAUUAUGUGAAAGCUGCAAAAACUUGGGAAAGAAAAUAAUAAAAAGAUUACCAAAAAAAAACUGAACUAUGCCAGGGAUAUUUGUUCCUAAAGUUUUGAUUGACAAUUUUGAUAACAUUGUUAAAUAAUACAUGUAUGCCUAGAAAUAAAGGAUAGUUCUGAAAAAGUAUUAAGUUAUCAGCUGAUGAUAUGUAGCCAGAUGCCCAAGGCAUACAUUAGGCUGUAGCGUUUAGGGUUUUCCGUCUCGUCUUGGUUAAUACAUUAUGCUAAAAAAAAAAAAUUUAAAAAAAAAAAAAAAAAUCGACCUACCUACCCACACUGAAAAUUCUGGGUCGCGUUACUGCAAACAAACAAUUUUUUAAGGAUGGCCUAAUGAAUUUGAAAAUCCUACAAGGGGUUUCGUAGAUACAGAGUGGACACAAAAAUGGAACUGAAACCUGUGACCUUGUGUUGUGACC